AUGAAGAUAUGUUGCGGGGAGAAGAACCAUUUUUGGUUACUUGCCAUUUUGUUGCUUCUUCGACUCGUGCUCUCUACCCACCAUGGAUUCUUGGGAUCUCACUCGUCUGUCAUCGUAUUGGGAAAUCUUGGCUCAGUGAGAUACAAAGCCGCUCUGCAGCUGCGCUCGACACGCGUAGAAGUGCAGCCGCUCUUCCCAGUACAAGCAUCGGCAUGGCCUGAGUCCGCCUGGCAGGCCCUCAGUGGGGGCAAAACGCCAUGUCUGCUGGAUCCGAUCUUGGUGCCCCUGGGCAUGGACAAAUUCUGGAGCAAGAACGAAGCCGAGAAGGAGGAGGAGGGCGAGACAGAGGAGACGAAGGAAGCUGGCGAAGCUUCAGUUGCUGAGCAAAAACCCACGGAGCCUGUGGUGGAUCUGCUUGGCGCCGAGAAGUAA